CCACCACUCUCUCUCUCUCUCUCAGGUUGCUGCUCUGCUCACUUGCCUUCCUCACUACUAGAUAGAGAAAAUCCAACACGCACUACCGUGUGAGAGAGAAAUCCAACUCCAAAAAUGUCCUUGCCACAAUUGCAUAAACCACCAAUCACCAUAUCUAUUUCUACCCAUCCCUUCCCCACCACCACCGAUGCCCUCCUCCGUCUCAUCCAGCCGCCGCCGCCGCCUCUGACUCCAUCCUCUCCUCCGCCAUGUCCCACCGCCUCGAUUCCGCCCCUCAGCCUCUCUCCUUAGAGGAACUAGCCGCCGCCAGAUCCGCCGACCUCCCCCCGACGCCGCCGCCGCUCUCCGACGAGUCCUUCUUCGUCGAUCGGAUUCUGGAUUCGGAGCUCCGCCACGUGCCCCGACCCGAUUACGUCCGCCUCUGCCGGAGCCGCUCCCGUCUACGCACCUUGCGCCAGGACUCGAUCAACUCCAUCCUCCAGGCUCGAGCGCAUUUUGGAUUCAAGCCGGCGACCGCUUUUCUCUCCAUCAGCUACUUCGAUCGAUUUUUAUCCUCUCGUACUCUGCUGGAAACCAGAUGGGCGUUUCACCUUCUGAUGGUGGCGUGUUUAUCUCUGGCGGCGAAAAUGGAGGAAACGCGCGUCCCGCUGCUUUUGGAGCUGCAAGUGCUUGAGCGGGCGCAGGUUUUCGAGCCGGGAACAGUGCAGAGGAUGGAGCUUCUGGUGCUGGCGACGCUCAAAUGGAUCCUCCGCUCCGUAACUCCGUUUGAUUUUCUCAAUUAUUUCAUCGCCAUGCUCCGCCCGCCGGCCGCCGGCUCCGGUUCAGUUUCCGCCAUUUUUGGCCUCGCUUCCGGCAUUAUCCUCAAGACCACCCGCGUGAUAGAUUUUCUCGGAUUUCCGCCGUCGAUAGUGGCCGCAGCCGCCGUGAUUGCGGCCGCCGGCGAGGGCAUGGACCUGCCGGAUACCCUUGAUGCGAGGAUAAGCAGGGUAAGCUCUGGUGGGCUGGAUUCGUUAUUUUCGAACUUUCUGGAAAUGGUGAGGAGCUGUCACCAACUGAUGGGCGAAUACCUGUUCGACGCGUGUCCGUCCAAAGUACUAAGCAUUGACCCUGUUGAGCCGCCGAGUCCCCUAGGCGUCCUUGAGGCAGCGACUUGUGCCAGCUGUGAGUCCCAACCGGAGACUCUACCUUCGUCUGGCUCGGAUGCCGACGAAGCUGACCAAGCAAACAAGCGGCAGAGAUCAUCUGAGCCGGUUAUAUACAGAUGAGUAGAUAAUAAUUAUUGUCAAAAUCCUUUGGUUUUUAAUUUAAUAAAAUAAAUAAGUGAUAAAGAAUGUUGGGAAGGGGAAAAAAAAAAAUUGUACCAAUUUUAGACUUUAUCAAAAGUCCCGAUUUAUUUGUUUGUCUUUGCCAGUACUAGUCUGUUUGAUUAGCUGGGGAAAAAGCUCUCAAUCUUUAUUUCACACAAGUAGUAAAGUAAUUUUGGCAUGGAGUACACGUAUCUUAUGGGUGAGCGAGAACUAUGCCAAAUAAAAAAAGAGUCAAACUGUGGAA